UUCCUGGUUGUCGGCAGUCAGUAUUCUGAAGCAAUGAACGAGAUGAUAGGCUGUGGUUGUUAAAAAGUAUCACCUCUUCUAGAAACAGGAGUGCCUUGUGCAAGGAUGAUUGUGUGAUAAGUGUCCAUUUAAAGAGCAGGUUUUACAGUAAUGGUGUGCAGUUACUCCUGAUGAAAUAUUGGCGCACGUUCACUCUGUACAAGUCAAGCAAAUCCGACAAGCCUGUCAUCAAAUUGUGGGUAGCUGCCAAAGUAAAGAACGAAAGAAAGUAUGCCAAAUGCUACUUCCUAUUUGGAGAAAAAUCCCACUCAAUUAUCUGACAAAGACUUCUGCAUCUGUGGAGAACUGACUUAUUCAACCUUUUCAUGGGCAAUGGGAUAAAUGUCACCACUGGUUUAAUACUGACUUUGUUUAAUUUCGAGCACUGGUUUGACUUUCAAAAACCGAUCUUGUCAAAGCAUUGAGGUUCUUCUUGCUCCUCACAGAACGACACAGUACCAGGUGGGAAGUGCAAAUACAAUAAAACGUUUUGCAUGCGAGAGCAGUUCACAAACAACGCCAAAACUCUGUCCUGACUGCUGAAGUGGUCUACUGUAAUAACAAGGAAGAAACGGCUGUCAUUUACUGCAACGCCACCAAGAUGGAUGUGAAAGAGGAGACGUGUGAGGUUGACAUAAAUACCAUGGAGAUAAUAACUGUAAAUAUUAAGGAGGAGGACUGUGAAUCGGAGUCAGGCCAUUCUGAACAGGAGAGUCUCAGCAUUAAGGAUGAGGAUUAUGAGCUGGUGUCAGUGGGCAUUAAAGAAGAAGCCGAAGAGACGUCUGUCAGCAAUGAGACACACAAAUGGAAAAGUAGGAAGCGAGGUGAGCUCAACACGAAGUCUGAAUCCUUACAGUCUGACACACAGAGAAUGGAGGAAAUGUCUUCUCUUCGAAGUGAGGAAGAUCAGCCACCAUCAACAAACAAAUCUGGGGAAAGAAACAAGCGUCACUGCUGUUCCCAAUGUGGCAAACGAUUUUCUCGUUUAAGCGCUCUUCAAACCCACAAAAGAGUUCACACUGGAGAGAAGCCCUACUGGUGUUCGGAAUGUGGCAAACUCUUCUCACAAAUUGGCCAUCUUCAGAGACACACAGCAAUUCACACGGGAGAGAAGCCUUAUGGCUGUUCGGAAUGUGGCAAACAAUUCUCACGAAUCAGCCAUCUCCAGAGACACACAACAAUUCACACCGGAGAGAGUCUGUUUUGCUGUUCUGAAUGUGGCAAGCAAUUUUCACAAUUAAGUGACCUUCAGAGUCACACAAGAAUUCACACUGGGGAAAAGCCAUUUUCCUGUAAUGAGUGUGGCAAGCAGUUCAAACAUAUGAUCAGCCUUCAGAGCCACAUCCAGAUUCACACAGCAGAAAGGCCAUAUUCCUGUAAUGAGUGUGGAAAACAGUUCAAACAUAUGAUCAACCUUCAAACCCACAUACAGAUUCACAGUGCAAAGAAGCCAUACUGCUGCUCUGAAUGUGACAAGCAAUUCUGUAACAAACAAAGUCUUUUAACUCACUCCAGGAUUCAUGUAGGAGAGGAUCCAAAAUCUUGUUCUGAAUGUGGAAAACAAUUUUCUACCAGCAGCUAUCUUCUGAUACACAAAAGAAUUCACACUGGGGAGAAGCCAUUUUCUUGUUCAGAAUGUGGAAAGCAAUUUUAUGACAACAGCCACCUUCAGCGUCACCAAAGAGUUCACACGGGGGAGAAGCCGCAUUGUUGUUCAGAAUGCGGUAAACAAUUCUCGCGAAUGGCCCACCUUAAGACCCACAUAAGAAUUCACACUGGAGAGAAGCCAUAUUCUUGUUCCGAAUGUGGAAAACAAUUCUCUGACAGCAGCCAUUUUCACAAGCACAAAAAAAAUUCACACUGAAGAGAGGCUGUAUUGCUAUUUGGAAUGGUUCCAGUGACUCUCAUGAACAAGCAGUCUUUAGACAACUGAACUGUCAUGGCUAUAAAGAGUGAGAUUUGAUUCAAUCUUAUCUUGAUAGUGAGCGCAUAAAGACAAUUUAGAGCAAUUUAAUGCCAAGAGAAGCCAUAUUGCUGUAGUGAAUGUGAAAAAACAGUUCUGUUUCAGUCAUAGUCUUUUUACCCAUUCAAGAAUUCACGUAGGAGGGAAAAUUGUUCUUAAAAUGUCAUGAUUAAGGACCACAUAAAACUUCACGCUGUAGCCAGGCCAUAUUCUUGCUCUGGAUGUGGCAAACAGUUCUUUGACAUGAAUCCUCUCCAGUGCCACGUGAGAAUUUGCUAUGAAGAGAAGCCCUGAAGGAGGAAGUUGGAAGAUAAUAAAGAAAGGGAAGGAAGGAGUUAGUAGGGUGAUUUUUGGACUCUUAAAUUUUGACGAGUUCCUUCACAAGGUGGGGUUCAUUGCGUAAGAUCAAUACCAAUUCUCAUCAAGGUGAGAAACAUCCAUCAUACUGGCUGCACAUCUCUGUGGAUACAAAAGUGGCCAACAACUUCAUUUUGUUAAUUAAUUUGAUAUUUUGCUCUUGUUCUUUAUUUUCUACUUUACAAGUUUCACUUUUGA